AUGUCCAGGCCCGCCAAGCCGCCUUAUCCCGCUCGCACCAUCAACAUGAUUAUUGGGGGCAGUGACGACGCCUCCAUCAACGACAUCAAGUUCAUCGCCACUCACAAACUCAAGAGAUGGAUCACUUAUGAACAGUAUGAUGGCCUCGAAGAGAGUAUCAUCUUCGAUAAGUCAGAUGCCGACAAUUUGACUUUCCCUUACAAUGACACAUUUGCCAUCACUUUACAAAUUCUUGAUACUCAUGUUAGGAGAAUUACGGUGGACGACAGAAGUAGAGCAUGCAUUAUUUAUCCACGUGUCCUCAUACACAUGCGCCUUGAGGAUAAGAUAGUGUCGCACUGCAUUACACUAACCGGUUUUAACAAUGCAGUUGAACGAACUUUGGGCGAGAUCACACUCCCCAUCCUCACUAGCGGGGUGAUGCUGGAGACCACGUUCCACAUGAUGGAUCAGAACAUAGCGUACAACGCUAUCGUAGGUCGACCACCCCAUGAGGGCAGUCCCCUCCAACCUAUACUAAGUGAUCAAGUUCUUAACCCUCUGGGAAAUAUUCAACAUACGAGGGAAACAACACAUAUCCCGAGAAUACUAUCGGAUCGCCCUGGAUAG